UCCCGAGCAGAGGCCCCGCUGCCAGCAAGGCAGCCUCGCGCGGGGUCUUCUGGGAGGCCGCGAGCUCUGCGCGUGCGCGACGCCCCCGCCCUGGGCUAGGCUUUGUCCGGCGCCCCGGGGGCUCACGGCUGCUCCGGUGUCAAAGGAGCCGCCGGGGCAGGGCGGUGGCCGAGGGAGCCUAGGCUCUGCAGGUGUGUCCGAGGCCCCUGCCGCAGGCUGCCAGCGAGGGGACAGCUUUCCCUGUUCUGGCCUCAUAGUUUCUACCCUUUCCCAAGAUCAGCAAAAAAUGAACAAGUUCAAAGGACUUGUGACAUUAAAGGAUGUUACCGUGGAAUUCACCAAGGAAGAGUGGCAAUUACUGACUCCUGCUCAGAAAGCCCUGUACAAGCAUGUGAUGCUGGAGAAUUACAGACAGUUGGUCUCAAUAGGUUACCGUGUGAGUAAGUCAAAUGUGAUCCUGAAGCUGAAGCAAGGAAAAGAGCCGUGGAGACAGGAAGUGAAACUUCCACGUCGCAAGGCCUCUGAAAACCUGGGGAAUAUCCAUGAUCCUGGAGCACGUAACCCAGAAAAGCCAGCUGGUAAUUCAAGGCCUGGAGAACUCAAAAAACUUCAGAAAACUCGUCACCAAAUAGAAAGCUAUGAAUGUAAUGAAUGUGGAAAGACCUUCUGCCAGAAGGCUGCCUUCGUAGUACAUCAAAAUACCCACUUAGAGAACAAGUCCUACGACUGUAGUAAAUGUGGGAAAUCCUUUUCUAAAAAUGAAGACCUCACGGUACAUCAGAAAAGUCACACGAGAGAUAAAACCUAUGAAUGUAAAGAAUGUAAGAAGAUCUUCUACCACCUGUCAUCUCUUAGUAGACAUCUAAGAAUUCAUGCAGGGGAAAAACCUUAUGAAUGCAAUCAGUGUGAGAAAUCCUUCUACCAGAAGCCACACCUCAUGGAGCACCAAAAAACACACACAGGGGAGAAACCUUUUGAGUGUACUGAAUGUGGGAAGUUCUUCUAUGUGAAGGCAUACCUCAUGGUGCAUCAGAAAACACACACAGGGGAGAAACCCUUUGAGUGUAAGGAAUGUAAGAAAACAUUCUCGCAGAAGUCACACCUCACAGUACAUCAGAGAACACACACAGGGGAGAAACCCUAUAAAUGUAAGGAAUGUGGGAAGUUAUUCUCUAGGAAUUCACACCUCAAAACCCAUCAGAGAACUCAUACAGGAGAGAAACCCUAUGAAUGUAAGGAAUGUGGCAAAUGCUUCUUCCAGAAGUCAGCCCUCACAGUACAUCAGAGAACUCACACAGGGGAGAAGAACUUUGAAUGUAAUAAAUGUGGCAAACACUUUUUCUAUAAAUCAGACCUCACUAAACAUCACAGAAAACACACAGGGGAGAAGCCCUAUGAAUGUACAGAAUGUGGUAAAUCUUUCUCUGUGAAUUCAGUCCUCAGAUUACACGAGAGGACUCACACAGGAGAGAAGCCCUAUGAAUGCAAGGAAUGUGAAAAAUUCUUUUCUCAGAAAUCACAUUUUAUUGUACAUCAGAGAAAACACACAGGAGAGAAACCCUAUAAAUGUAAAGAAUGUGGGGACUCCUUUAUCCAGAAGUCACAACUCACAGCACAUCAGAAGACACAUAAACAGAAGCAGAAAGCUGACAAAUAGUAUGAGUGAGGAAUAUCUGUCUGAAUUCAUCCUUCAGCAUAACCACAUAGUUCACGAGAGAAAACAGAUGCAUAUCAUUAAGAAGGAAAACUUUUUAACUACACUUUUUCCUUGAGGAAUAUCAGCAAAUGCACAGAGAAAAAAAUUCUACACAUUUAUUAAGGAGAAGUUUUUACCACAUGGUAGUCUUGACUGAAUAUCAAACAAUAUAGAUGGCAGAAAUUACAAAUUGUAACACAUGAAGAAAACUUUUACUUCAGGAGUCAUACUUCACAACAUAGAAAUCACACAGGAGAAAAAUUCUUAAAAUGAUUGUCAGGUUUUCUCUCAAGACAGCCAACACUGUGCAUCCAAAAGCUCACAUGUGUGAGAGAUUCCUGAGGGCAUCCUGAGUAUCCUGAAGUCUUUUUACACAAAUUGCUCUCAUAUGUUAGAAAAUUCAACAGAGAUAACUGCAAAGAUUGCAGCAAGUAUAUGUCUUUAUCAAGAGUUGAUAUUCAUUGAAUGUCAUAUCAAUGUUUGGAUAAUACCUUUAUAGAUAUUUGAAAGAUUUUCACCAAAAAGGAAAAGAAUUUGCACUGAGGGAAGCAUUUAUAUUCUUAAGUCAUUUUACAAAUUCCAAGGUUGCAUUUUCUUUUUUAAAGAAACCUGAAAAUGUCUACAUAUGUAAAAUUUUUUAAAAGCCAAAAUGAGUAAUCAGGCAACAUCAUUGAAUACAUAUAAAGAGUUUUAGUGUAGGGCUUAUGUAUGUGAAUAUGCUACCAAAUGUAACUCGUAGAUGUUUGACAUGCAUGUGAACCCUUCCCUAGCUGUGUAUAGUACAGCAUGUCACCUUAGUUCAGUAGCUGUUACCUGUAGGAAGAUGUGACCUGUUGUCUCACAGGUGACCUGUUGUUAAUAUGUACUGUCGUGCAAUACUCUUUAAAUUAUGAUGUAUAUAUUCUGCCUUCUUCUUGGCACUUGUUAAUGGAUCUAUACAUUGAUACUGACCUAACUCUUUGAAAUGGAGCUAAAAUGUUUUUGUCAAAUGUUCAGCUCUGUGGAAAGCCAAAUUUUGAAUUAAGGACAUUUAUUUUUGCAAAUGCACAAGCUGCUUUUGAAGCAGCUGAAAAUAGUAAAAUUAUUGCACUCUACAAAAUAAAAACUGAGUGCUAUGCAAGAAACAUUUCUCUUACCUUACUGUUGAUGUCUGAGCAGGGCAUAAGAGCUAUCUGUGUUUUUUUCUGUAUGAGUCCUAAAUGUUCUUCCCUGCCUUUUUCAUAGUUGAAGCAACGUAGCAUCAUAAAGUACAAACUCUGGACUCCUACUGCCUUUGUCAAAAUGCCAGCGUGGGGUGGGCCACUCAUCCCCUCUGUGCCUCAGUUCCUUUUCUGUAAGAGUAGCGUUACUUAUAUCAUAGGAUUGCUUUGAGAUUGGAAUGAGUUAAUAUGUUUAAAGUACUUAGGAACAGUGUCUCAGACUCAAGAUAUUAUUAAAUAUUAUAAUUUUUAACUUACAUGUCCUGAAUUACUCUGCCAAAAAAUGGUAAGCAAAUAUUAUCUCACUUUAUUGCUGCUAGUGCCUUGACUUUUUUCUUUUUCUUUUUUACUUUUUUUCAAGUAAUUCAGAAGUAGAACCUGGCUGGGCUAGGACAGGGACUAACAAACUAGAGUCCAUCAACUACAUCUGCUCCAGAGCCCAUGUUGUAGCCUACAAGCUGAUUAUAAUUUUUAUUACUAAAUGGUUGAAAAUUAAAGAAUAUUUUGUGGCAUAUUAAAAUUAUACUCAAAUGUCAGUGUUCAUAAAUAAGGUGUUUUGGGAAAACUCACCCAAACCCUAUUUCUUUAUGGUUUGCCCAUGACUGCCUUUACACUACAUCAGCAGAGUUGAGUAGUUGUGACAGAGACCAAAUGGAACACAGAGCCCAAGAUAUUAAACAUGGCACUUUACAAAGUAAGUUUUCUGUUACCUAGAGCUGAAAACAUUGUAGCCACUUACAAGUAUACUUUUAUAAACCUCAUGUGUUUUAGCAAUGAUGCACACAGUAAUUUGUGGGCUGGUAGUUUGUGCAGUAUAUUUAUUUUAUGCAGUAUAUUUAUAUGUUAAAAGCUUACACUUAGAAGUAUUUUUUCAAUGAAAUGUGUUUUUUACUUGAAUUGUAAUAUCAAAACAAAAAGCUUUUGGUGCAGUGUAACAUAUAUGAAAUAAAGUUAUUUAAAUGAAA